AUGGAGGGCGCCGGCGAGCGGGCGCCGCUGCUGGGCGCGCGGCGGGCGGCGGCUGGGGCGUUCGCGGGCCGGCGCGCGGCAUGCGGGGCCGUGCUGCUGACCGAGCUGCUGGAGCGCGCCGCCUUCUACGGCGUCACGUCCAACCUGGUGCUGUUCCUGAACGGCGCGCCCUUCGGCUGGGAGGGCGCUCAGGCCAGCCAGGCGCUGCUGCUCUUCAUGGGCCUCACCUACCUGGGCUCGCCCUUCGGCGGCUGGCUGGCCGACGCGCGGCUCGGCCGGGCGCGCGCCAUCCUGCUCAGCCUGGCGCUCUACCUGCUGGGCAUGCUGGCCUUCCCGCUGCUGGCCGCGCCUGCCGCGCGCGCCGCGCUCUGCGGGACCCCGCGCCCGACGCGGGUGCUCAACUGCUCGGCGCUGCCGGCCAAUGGCAGCGACGCCUGCCCGGACGCCGCCACCCGCCGCUGCGCGCCCGCCACCUUCGCGGGGCUGGUACUCGUGGGCCUGGGUGUGGCCACCGUCAAGGCCAACAUCACGCCCUUUGGCGCGGACCAGGUCAAAGAUCGAGGUCCAGAGGCCACUAGGAGGUUUUUUAAUUGGUUUUAUUGGAGCAUUAACUUGGGAGCGAUCCUUUCACUAGGAGGCAUUGCCUACAUUCAGCAGAACAUGAGCUUUUUCACGGGGUACCUGAUCCCCACGGUCUGCGUUGCCAUUGCAUUCGUGGUCUUCCUCUGUGGCCAGAGUGUUUUCAUCACCAAGCCCCCCGACGGCAGCGCCUUCACGGAUAUGUUCAAGAUACUGACAUACUCGUGCUGUUCCCAGAGGCGCGGUGAGCGCCUCCGCAGCAGUGAAGGCCUUGGAGUCUUUCAGCAACCUUCUAAACAAAGUCUGUUUGAUUCAUGUAAGAUGUCUCGCGGAGGGCCGUUCACAGAGGACAGAGUGGAGGAUGUGAAAGCCCUCGUCAAGAUUGUGCCUGUGUUCGUGGCUCUGAUCCCUUACUGGACAGUGUAUUUCCAGAUGCAGACCACGUACGUUUUACAGAGUCUUCAUCUGAAGAUUCCAGAGAUCUCAAGCAUCACAACCACUCCUCACACGUUCCCAGCGGCCUGGCUCACCAUGUUCGAUGCCGUGCUCAUCCUGGUGCUCAUCCCGCUCAAGGAUAAGCUGGUGGACCCCAUCCUGAAGAGGCAUGGCCUGCUGCCAUCCUCCCUAAAGAGGAUCGCCGUGGGCAUGUUCUUCGUGAUGUGCUCCGCCUUCGCUGCAGGAAUCCUGGAAAGCAAAAGGCUGGACCUUGUUAAAGAGAAAACCAUCAACCAGACCAUCGGCAAAGUGGUGUACCAUGCCGCGGACUUGCCCAUUUGGUGGCAGGUUCCACAGUAUGUGCUGAUCGGCAUCAGCGAGAUAUUUGCAAGCAUAGCAGGUCUGGAGUUCGCCUACUCGGCCGCCCCCAGGUCCAUGCAGAGUGCCAUCAUGGGCCUUUUCUUCUUCUUCUCCGGCGUUGGGUCUUUCGUGGGCUCAGGGCUGUUGGCCCUGGUAUCCCUCAAAGCCAUCGGAUGGAUGAGCAGCCACACCGACUUCGGCAACAUCAACGGCUGCCACCUGAACUACUACUUCUUCCUGCUGGCUGCUGUCCAGGGGGCCACCCUCCUGCUCUUCCUCAUCGUCUCUGUGAAGUAUGACCGGCAGCGAUCCAGAGCAGAUGGGACCCCUGCCAGCGCCCGGGCCUGAUUUGAGAGCCGCUGUGGCCCUGGACUGAGCAUGGGACGGCGGGCAGGCCUGGGUGGGCUUGUGGGCUGGCCACCGGCUUUCUAUGCUCACGUGCCGUCUGCACCCUUCCCUCUGCCCCGCGGGCUGGUGAGUGCCUUCCUGAGCUCUGCCUCCUGGCACCCAGCCCCCGGAGCAGAAGGCAGGUGUAAGCAUGUGGCCCUGUCCCCGAGGGCUCUUGGUCCCCCAGAACAUGCAGACUGAGACCCCGGGGCCUGGGGCCGCUGCGGUGGUGCUGGAGCCCAUUUUCUUACACGUCUACCCCUCCUACAACCCUGUGAGCGCCCUUUUGAAAAACUAAUAGCGUUUACUUCUGAGGAGGGGGUGGGGUCUUUGAGAGCCAGGCCAAGUGCGGGGUGGGGGGUGGGGUUCAUGGAAUCCUGUUCGUGGUUCCUCCCUGAGCCACCGUCCUGCCAUCGCCAGGUCCUUGGCAAGUCGUAGUGCAUAUUUCAUCUGCUGCUUCAAGAAACACUUAUUUCUUAAACUUUUGACGUGACUUGCUUUUAAGCAGGAACAUGUGUCAGUAAUUAUUUAUGGCCACGUGUCCUAUCUCGAGCUGCAGAACAACUUGUGGGGUGUUUUGGAUCCUGCCUAGACAGUCCUAAUCUCUAGUUUUAUUUUGAGUCUGCGUGAGACUGAAGGCUGGUUGUGGGUGGCUGGGGGAGAGCGCUCUUGUGAACAGAAUUAGUGUAACAAAUAAUUAAACAUUCUCCAUGAACUUGAGCUGCGGGGCUGGUGGCCGACUCCUGUGUUGCUGACCUAGCUGGGGUUCUGAGUUUGUCCACUAAGCUAUUCACUGUGUGUCGCUGUGUUUUUGGUAUAAUUUUAUUAUAAAAGCAUCUCAAACGUGA